UGGAAGCCGACGACUGCCCCCGGAGAGACGAUCGUGUGUCGCGGCCUCAAAGUAAAGACUAAGUAGUAAACACGGGCGCGCGUCAACCCUCAAUCCUUUCUAUCUCGCGUGCGCGCGCGCGCUCGCAUAAAGUGUUCCGGCUAAGCGGUAUAGAACGGUGGAUAGCAAAAAAGAAAAGAAAACAAACAAAAAAAAAACAAAAGAAACGAGCAAUAUAAUAACAAAACUUCUAGAGUGGUGCUAGAGCGGUGUUUCGUUGGGGCAUCAGCACGAUCGAGUGCUUAAAUGAUGAAAAGCGCGCAAGUACGGUUUGCGGUAGCGCGCAACGGAAUUAUGGCAGCUGCAUCGCGUGUGCGUAGUCGCGUCGGUACUAGUUCGCCCGCCGGUACCCUGGUCCGCGCCGGAUGCUGGGCCACAAACGAAGUAAAGUGAAAUCAAUUCUCUCAGUUCACUAGCAGUCAAUAACAAAAAAAAAACAAACAAAAAAACAACCAAAAAAAAGCUCCCCGUUUAAAUAACCCCACACAUUAAAAGCUCCUCGCGGAAGGGCAUUAAAAAUAACUAAAAAAAAAAAACCAAAACCAAAACAAACAACCAAAACCAAACCAAACAUCCAAUAAAAUCCAAAACGACAAUUCGGAAGGAACGCAUCCUUCACGUUCAUCCAGAGACCGCAAAACACUUCAGCUGUACGGCUACUUUAAAAAUAAAAACACUCAGCUAGAGGCAUACUAGGCAAAAAGGAAGCAAAAAAACUUUGGAAGGCUUGUUUUGCUAAUAAAACAAACCCCCACACGGAGAGGGACAGGGAAAGGCACAAAGGCAUCCUGCUGCUCCAGAAGAGGAAGGAAAAGAGCACAACAACACAACCAACCACACACGGCAACUAACUCAACAGAACAACAUUGAUUCUGCAUAUGAGAAGUGCAGGAGGCAGAUACAGAACAUGAUAGAACAGCAGCAGUAACAACAGUUUCCAUCACUACUACUACCACCAAUUACCACCACCACCACCACCAUCACCACCACCAAUACCUUCAUCACAAAAAAAACACCACUAGAAAGGUGCCACAGUAAAGCCGGCGGGAACAGCGAGAGAACAGCGAACAAAGCGUGUAACGCCGCCACCGACCGACCGCCACUAACAUCCACACGGAUCUUUUGCCACCCACAUACACAUACACACACAUACAUACACACACACACUCGCGUACAUUGCGCAUGCAAAGUUUGCCGCACCGUGCCACUCGACCCUGUCCCACUGUACCGGUUGUUCGCCCUCCGGUGGUGGGUGUGCUUGUCAGGGAGGCGCGUAAUCAUCCAACAACGGCAGUCUGCGACGACUGCUACCGAAAUAAGGCCCCCCCUCUCCACACCCAUCCCACCUCGCCCCGGUGGUGAAGUGUUGCUAGGGAGCCGCCGGGCAGACAAAUACACCCAGCGAUAGAGAAGAAAAAAGAAGUCCCCCCCCCCAGUCCCGGGCGGGUACACCACAGCUACUGGACGGCAACCGUUUGUGACAGUGGCCUGUCCCACCGGACGGCGGGGUUUUAGAUCACGAGAACAUGGUCCCGGACGUGGCAAGCGGCUGCCUGCACGGUGCUUCCGGCCACUGAAAAGACGUUAACCCGAGUUGCAGCUGAGUUGCAGCUGAGUUACAGCUGAGUUACAGCCGAACCCUUCCACAAUGUCGCGGGCCAACGUUUUGAUGAUGGAUGUAUAUAUUGCCGAGGGUUUUUGAUUUUGGUGCACGGUUCGGAACGGUUUGCUGCUGGAACGCCCGACCCAAGCAAGAAGGAACAAGGCGAAGAACAAGCCGAAAGAUUAAGCGAUUUUGACAAGCGCGCGACCGACAGCGACAGUGUACGUGCGUUUGAAUGCACGUGCUUGUGUGUGUGUGAGGGAAUCGGAAUUCUGGAUGAAUAAAAAAGGAAAACAACCAACACGCCGCUAAACAGCGCCUAAACAACAAAACCGAAACGCGUAACACCAUAAACCUUUAAAAACAUAAAAAAAGGAAACCCGAAUCUUAACUAAAAACCAAACAAAAAAAACAACCGGGAGCAUCUUAAAAACCAGCGCACUAACAUCCACAACAACAACAACAACAUCAAAAAAACCCAGCUCUAACACCAAUAAAACAUUCAAACAAAAAACGCAACACGCGAAUAAACAAAAAGCCCCCUCCACCCCCCCACCCAAAAAAAGAAACAAAAAUAAUAAUACAGAGAAAGCGAGCGGCACUCCUUGUACUAAAAAGCGGAUUAAGGCGGAAGCGAAACCUUAACAUCCCCCGGGGAAUCGGAUUGUGAAGCGCGCAAAAGCAACACAUUUAAACAAAAUCAACCGCCUGAAGGCAGAACGAGCCGGGCCCGGCGCAACGGCUCACCAUCUCCACUACCAGCCCACGAGCGGUUUGAGGUGUGUGGGUGUGCUGCGCGUUACACCACCACCAACGACGGCGAGACUCAUCGUCAUCGCCACCAUCACCACGUUGACCGACGCGAGCCCGACGAUAACGAGCGCACAGAAUGGAUGUGAUGUAUGUAGUGACGGUGCUGGUGCUGUUGCUGCUGGCAAUCUCGUUCGCAUUGGCGGCGACAGCAACCGCACCGGCGACCGACACCGUGCCACCGAUGACGCGCGCUUACCGAACCGCCAUCUUUACGCACGAUCGCAACCCGGCCGGUUACCGAUCGGGUGGCGGCGUGCUGCAUGAUACGGUGCGCGCUCUCUGCACGCGCGCGACGGCCGGGCUAGUGGCGCUGACGGUUGCACUGCUAUGCACCGGGGGCGCUAGUGUGCUGCGGGCGAAACUGUCAUCGAUCAGCGCUGUCACGGCGCUGGCGGCGACCGGUGCCGUGUCGGUUGUCGGCAAAGGUGCGACCACCGGCCGGACCAGCAAAACCAUCGUCAACUGCAGUGGAACCAAUACUGCCACCGCCGUAGUGCUGCUGUCGGUGCGGCAGCUACUACCACUUAUACUAGGAAUUGCCGCCAUGUUGCCUGUGAUUGACGCCGGAUACCACGAGAAACGGUUGCUGCACCAUCUGCUGGACAACUACAAUGUGCUCGAGCGGCCGGUCGUCAACGAGUCGGAUCCGCUGCAGCUCAGCUUCGGGCUGACUUUGAUGCAAAUCAUCGACGUGGACGAGAAAAAUCAACUCCUCAUCACGAACAUUUGGCUCAAGCUGGAGUGGAACGAUAUGAACGUCAGAUGGAACUCGUCCGAGUAUGGUGGGGUGCGCGAUUUACGGAUACCACCACAUCGCCUCUGGAAGCCGGACGUCCUGAUGUACAACAGUGCGGACGAAGGCUUCGACGGGACGUAUCCAACGAACGUGGUCGUGCGCAACAACGGUUCCUGCCUGUACGUACCGCCGGGAAUUUUCAAAUCUACCUGCAAAAUCGACAUCACCUGGUUCCCGUUCGACGAUCAGCGGUGCGAAAUGAAGUUCGGCUCGUGGACGUACGACGGGUUUCAGCUUGAUCUACAACUUCAGGAUGAAUCUGGAGGAGAUAUUAGCAGCUUCAUCACUAACGGCGAAUGGGAGCUACUGGGUGUGCCUGGGAAGCGGAACGAAAUCUACUACAACUGCUGCCCGGAACCGUACAUCGACAUCACCUUCGCGAUACUGAUCCGCCGCAAAACGCUCUACUACUUCUUCAACCUGAUCGUACCGUGCGUGCUGAUCGCCUCGAUGGCACUGUUGGGUUUCACGCUGCCGCCCGACUCCGGCGAAAAACUGUCGCUCGGUGUCACGAUUCUGCUAUCACUCACAGUCUUCCUGAACAUGGUCGCCGAGACGAUGCCGGCUACAUCAGACGCAGUGCCUCUCCUAGGAACCUACUUCAAUUGUAUCAUGUUUAUGGUUGCCUCAUCGGUUGUGUCAACGAUCCUGAUCCUGAACUAUCACCACCGCAACUCCGACACGCACGAAAUGUCUGAAUGGAUUCGCGUUGUGUUCCUGAUCUGGUUACCGUUCAUCCUGCGCAUGAGCCGACCGGGUGAACCUUAUCCACAUCCAUGCCGCCCAACAGUGGACGAAAAGAACAAGCAGCUGCAGGAGGUGGAGAUGCGCGAGCGAUCCUCCAAGUCGCUGCUGGCCAACGUUCUGGACAUCGACGACGACUUCCGGUGCAAUCACCGGUGCAACACGCUGCCACAUAAUCCCACCUACUACCGGACCGUGUACCGUCAGGGUGAGGAUGGUAGUGUCGGACCGAUCGGUGCGACCGACACGAUCGGCCGUUCCGCCGGUCUCGGUACGAUCAGUGCCGGUGGUGGCCGCCUGCACGAAACCGUUUCCUCGCACACCUGUCUCAGCUCGUCCGCCGAGUACGAGCUAGCGUUGAUACUGAAGGAGCUACGCUACAUCACCGAUCAGCUCCGCAAGGAGGACGAGAGUGGCGAGAUCACGCGCGAAUGGAAGUUCGCCGCCAUGGUAGUCGAUCGUCUGUGCCUUAUCAUAUUCACCCUGUUCACGAUCAUCGCCACGCUGGCUGUCCUGUUCUCCGCGCCGCACUUUAUCGUUUCAUAACAACCAUCAGCACGGCGGCACACCGGCACCAACGGUCACCACGAUCGUACCACUACUACGACCCUCCCAACCCGCACCAACACGACCACCGCCAACGCCGAACUCGGCACGCAACCCGGCGCCGUACAGGGCGUUGACGGUGACGAUCAACAGGACGACAAGCAUGGCGGCGGUUGCAAUGGUUUCGCGUACGAGCUGCAACGUUGCUGCCCACUACCACUACCCCUUCUGCUCGUGCUGCUCAGCGGCCUGCUGGUGGCGUGCUGGUGGCUGGUACGCAGGCGGCACUCGCUCGCAUACGGUCUCGCACAGCUGGUCACCGUUGCCGACUAUCGCCUGCGACGGUAUGUGUAUAUUUUCGUGAAGAAUUUUAAGCUCAUCAACGACACAUAGACAACCGGGCGAUAAACAGGCGACCAAGAGAGACACACACACACAUACACCCACACAUGCACGGGGGCUAGACGAAUUGAUAUACGAGACGUGUGGAACGGCCAGCCCAUCCACGUGAUGGUGGAGCCCAACUACGAAACGAGUACACUCCGCGUACGAUGCGGAAUUCUUUUUUAUAACACAACUCCCAUUUUCGCUAUCAGGCAACAAAAAAAAAAAGACAAACCAAGCAAAAAAAUACAAACAAGUAAUAAUAGCGAAAUGAAGAGAAAAAAAAUACAAAACCUCCAGGCAGCAACACUACAAACGGGACAGAGAAAUGCUUGAGUGACAGCACACAUCUGCAACAAACUGCAACCCAAUGGGUCGAAGAUGAGAUGGGUCCAGAGGUGCGAGGGGGAAUAUAACAUAGGA